AAGGAAACCGUAGUAGAAGAAAUUCCAGGAAGUUGUGCUAUCGUUAGUGCUGUCUCUGCGUUGUAUAAAGAUAUGAAGUAAAAAUAUUAAGUAUUUUUUUUUAUUGCUAAACAGCGUAUUAUAGAGUGGAUCCAGCGUGAGGAAAUGAAAUGCCUUUGUUAAUCCAAAAUAGAGAAGUAGACCGCUUUAACGCGACAGCGGAUCUGUUCGACAAAUAUCCACAUUUGAAGGAAAAUGCAAGAACAUUUCACUCCAAGCCAAUUGUUGCUGUCGACCCAAAGUGCCUCUUAUAUGUCCAACAACGAGAAUUUGCUGCAACAACACCAGCAGACAAUUGUGUUUCAGUGAUUGGAUCUGAUGAUGCCACCACCUGCCAUUUGGUUGUGCUGCGACACACUGGAAGUGGAGCCGUUUGCCUCGCUCACUGCGACGGUUCCAGCACUUGGUCUGAAAUCCCACUCCUUGUGAAAGCGGUCAUGUCACUGAGCGAUGUCAGUCAAGAGGGCAGACUCGAGCUCCAUCUUGCCGGGGGGUUUAACGAUGAGUCAAACACAUCCCAUAAACUUAGCCAUAACAUUCUUGCAGCAUUUCAGAAACAGAAAGAGGAAAUUCAUCUGGAGACAUGUUGCAUCACAGAAUUGAACGACGUUGUUGUUGAUGAGACUCAUAGACCCAUUGUGUAUGGAAUAGGUGUCAAUGUUAAAACAGGGGAAGUGUUCCCUUCAUCAUUCCCUCAUAAAGGACCUGCAGAGGAGCUGCGAUCAGCACGGACUUUCACUGGCGGACAGAUGGCCGACAUCUACGACUCAAGUCGGGGACUUGUAAAAGUUGGGCCCUGCAAGUGGUCUCCAAAUCUGGAUAUUGCCUUCUGGUUGUCACAAAAUGAUGACACGAUUUUAAGGUACCUGUCCACCUCUCCCAUGGCUGAACCGCCUCACUUCGUCCAGCACAUGAAGUCCACCAUCCGGUUCCUUUUAGAGCACCCCAACCCUGACUGCCUGUUUCCUGGGGAUCAACCGCAACUCUACCACAGGACUGAGACGGGGGACUGGGACAGGAUGAUCCACUCGUAGAGGCCUGAUCCUAUUUUUUUUUUUCUUUUUUUUAACCUUUUUGCCUCUCAGUGCUUUAGAUACACUGGGUCCCUUCCACCUUUUUAUUACGACCACGUCUUUUUAUUAUUAUCAUUAUUAAUGUAAUUAUUAUUAUCAUUAUUAUUCAUUGUGUCUUAAGAGUGCAAGGUGGUUCAAAGUCUACACCUUAUACUUCUUGCAGUGUUGCUGUAUAUUAAGAUCAAUAUCAAAGCACUGAUCCUUAUCCAAGUCUGAAAUUAAGAAAGGAAAAUGAAUGUUUCUACUUGGGAAAAAUAUGCAUGAGUUGUACUUAAUAGGCUGAAGCGGUUACAGAUAAACAUCUCCAUGGCUCUUAGAAAUAGAGUGAGGAACUUUCAUUUUGGCACCUUGGUUAAAACAGAUUAACUGCAUCGUCGAUUCGGCGAUUUUUUCUUCCAAUUGCACCUUUGUAAUAAGUAGAAUUUGAUUCACCAUCACAUACAAUAGAUGUUGUAUAUAAUGCUGUGUACUUGGCUAUGAAUGUGUAUGUUUCAGAAAAUUGCAUGUGUUCAUAAUUUACAACAGCCUUUUUUUUCUGUUCCAAACAGUUGAUGCCUUUUAAUGAAUUGUGCAUAUUGUAAAGGUUGCAUGGUGCUAAAAGCAUUCAGUGCAACUCUGUAUCUGUCAUUAAAUAGAAUGCAGUAAAUCGAGUUUCACUUGUUGAGUGAAUGGAGUCUGUGGAGAAAGAGCAUGAUGACAUGCUGGUACAAAGAUGUUGGUAACGCUGACUACUCUCACUCAGCUGGUUACAUUAAUGUUUACUCAAUGUUUGGACACAUAAACUUUGACUUUGCUGUGAUAAAUGUCCUCAAUUCAAUUAAACUUUAUUUGUAUAGCGCCAAAUCACGAAAUGCAAAAUCUCAGCUCUCUGUACAAAGUAAGGCAAAAAACAAACUUUAUAAUAAUAAUAAUAAUAUUAUUAUUAUUAGGGAGAAGAGAAAACAUAACAGUUCAUACUAUGAGCAAACACUAGAGGCAACAGUAGAGAGAAAAAAAAUCCCUUUAACAGGAAGAAAUCUCUGACAGAACCAGACUCAAAGAUGUGUGGCCAUCUGCCUCGACCGGUUGGGGUGAAAGGAAGAAAGGGGGGGGAGACAAAGGACAAGAGGGAGGUGAGGAAGAGACAGAAGAGAUAACAGGGGCAGAAAUAUCAUUCAAUCAAAAACACACAUUACUGAAAUGUAACCACAAGGAGUCCAUUUUGUGCUGUGGAAGUGUUGUUAAUGUUUGUUUUGUGUAAAGUUUUGAAUAAAGCUUUGAGUCACGUUUUA